AUGACCAAGAAGCGUGGAAAGAAGCGCGCCCACACCGGAAGCGCCCGCGGUGAAACACCUCCUGUUGGGCCUCAAACUGUCUCAGCACCACCGCCCGUCGAUUCAAAUGCGCUUCUUCGUACGGAAAAUGAUUCACCUCACACCAAACAAGCCAAAGACUCGGUCAACAAGCUCAAGCAGCUUGACUUGUGGGAUAUUUUAACAUCGGUCCACCGCAAGCUUUGCAACCUAAACAAUCCCAGCUUCUCACUGUACACCACUCACUUCACCGAUUGCAUUUGGGUAUCGCGUACCGAGUUAAAAGAAAUCAUACCUGAGUUCAAGAGUAUGACGGAAAAAUUGUGCCUAGAAACGGAGGUCAGCAACGUUUACUGGGAUCUCGCCGCCAAAAUCACCUCUUACAGUGAUGUUGACGAGGCACUGUCGCUCGUGCUUGUUCACGUUGCACAUUCCUUGCCCAUACUUACGCUAGGCCCACAAGGUUCUGGUCCCAACGUUCGUUUAUCAGCCGAAUUUGGCCGUACCUAUCACGGUACUGCGCCAGACCGCUUCCUCCAGUUAAUCACUGAAGAGGAUCGGAAGUACAGCAAGGGUUAUCAAUAUAGCUGCAAUCUCCCUUACCACCGAGGCACUACCAUCUUCCAGUCAAGCGGCACCGGCAAGUCGCGCAUGGUAUACGAAUGUAGGCAUCGAACUCCUCUUCUCUAUGUCUGCAUUGGACCAACUAGCGCCGAAGGACCGGCCAAGAAAGCUUAUCCCCUUCCUGACCGUGGUAGGCUCAGAAGACCCACAAGGAUAAGUGUAACCUUCAGAUUGCCUGUUUCCUUGGCGCUUGGUUUCUCGGAGCUUGCUCAACGCCUCGCCAACUUGCCCACUCAGCAGCAAAAACACGACUAUCUGAUGCAGCUCAACCAUCUCCAUCUAAAGGAUGGUAUCAAUGCUGAACGCACCGACUUCUUCCAAACCGUUUCCGAGCGCGCUUCUGACACCCUCAAGCGUGCCGACAGCAGCUUUGACGAAAAGUCGAAACAUGAUGAACUCUUCACCGCUCACCUCAAAUCGCCGCUUGCCGCCCUCGAACGAGAGAUGAAGUGUAUCAUAGCUCACAUGCACCCGCCCAACGACCACGGCGAAUCAUCACCCAGACCUCCUGUCAUUGUGGCCUUCGAUGGGUGCGUCGAACUCAACGUCGGAUACGACCCAAACAUAAAUCAGCUCAACAGCCUUCACCGCGCAUGGAAUUGGAUCAGCAUCGAGCAAGCCAGAACCAGGACCACGACGUUCUGGCUUGUGUUGAUAAGUACCAGCAUCAGCGCGGCCAUUCUUGUCACGCGCUCUGCUCCGAGUGGGUCCUCCCGUGGCAUAGACCGAGUGCCACAGCCCAUUUUCAUCGACUUUGGUUUUGACAUGCUGCUUUCAGAGCAACCCAGCCUUUCUUGCGCCUCGCAAGCUUCUGCAGAUUCUCACAUCAUUUACUACGGACGAGCGCUGUGGAAGGCAUGCAGUCCUGAUGAUCUCUGGCUGAUGGCCAAAUUCAAAUUGACAGGCGGUGAAAACUUUCGAAUCUACGAAACCGCCCACUGCUACAGCGUCUUGGCGUCUCGUCUCGGGCUAAGCCUUUCGCCGACUGAAUCGCCAGGAUCGGCACUCUUCGAAUGGCAGAAGCAAUUCGCGGGCAGUGCAGUAAAUCGCCACAUGCGCAUUGUCACACAUGUUACCAGCGAGGGUGUCAUGCACGUUGAAUCUCCAUCAGAGCCUGUGCUAGCCAUCGCUGCUUCCAAUAUCAUGCUGGCUCCCUACCUCCAGACACGUCAGAAAGCGAGAGGCUACAAGUAUGCAGACAUUCUCAAGAGAUUUCAGCAACGUUGCUUACUCGACCCCGGGGUUCCCUUGGUGAUGAGCAGUUUCGGAGAACUUGCCUCGCGGAUCAUCUUGAUGGCUGCUUGCGACGCCGUGAAGCGCAAAAAAAUCGAACAGCCCAACCCAAAGGAAUCGUCGGACACCCAGCACGUGGGCGCCAGCAUCUACGCCAAGCCGGUGCCUCUCGAAAGCGUUCUUGAGAACCUUGCCGACCUCGACGAGGCCAAUCUCGCUGCGCUGCGCCAACGCCUUGAAGACGUCUACGAUGCCGGCUCGCGCACCGAACGGCAUGCGAUUCCGUUCAGAGAUCAGUUGCAGUCGGCUUCCGCUACGCUGCCGAUAUGGAUCAACUUUACGCAUUUCGACGUGCUGCCCAAAGCGAUCAACAAGAUAACACCCGAAUUUCUCUGGCACUGUUGGAAACGUGGAGUAGCCGUGCAAAUGGUGCACGCGCAGUAUGGCAUCGAUGGCAUCAUCCCGGUUUUCGUAGGUCAUCUCGACCGGCUCUUCGUUGAUGGUUCAUCCACUGAUGCCUCUAACAUCACCCAUGAGUCCAGAGAGGCUGAAAUGCACGCUGCGCGCUACAUGACCUAUGUUGUCUGGGAGGCAAGAAGCCGAAAGGAUACACAGAGCACCACGGUCCCUGCUAGUUCAGCGCCUGUCGUUGCUGGACCUGUGAUCAAGAGCGCCUCGAUGGCACCGCCAAACGAGAAGCCACUGACCGAACAGGCUCUGUUGAGCGUGCUUCUCGACCUUGGCACAAGCACCGGAUUCAAACGUGCGCCAGACGGCUUACGACCGCAAGUGAAGCAUAUUACCGGUCAACAGUGUCCUCGGCUGUGUAUUCAGGGUGUGCUCGACCCGCACACUUACCCCUGUCUGGACCUUUUCGAGCUCCGCCCAACCUUGGUCGAGAUUCUGUCGUCUAGCUCUGAUCCCGCACCGAACCCUCUCAACAGCAUCGAAAAGACCCUGUGGAAUGAGCGCAACCAGCCCGUUUCUGAUUCCAUCUAG